AUGCUCAAGAAGGUGCUGCGCAGCCACCCGCGCCGCGCCGCGCUGCUGCACCGUGCCGCAGCGCUCGAGGAGCCGCUCGAGGAGCCUUCGGAGUCUUCGGAUGCGGAGCUGCAGGAGGUUCAUGCCUGCCUGGAGGAAUUUCAGCAUGCAGAAAGAGAUGUCAUUGACAUCCUGAAGCACCUGGGGUUCGCGUCUGUCUCAGAUUCAAUGUCAAAGUUGUCUGGCGGCUGGCGCAUGAAGGUGGAGCUGGCCAAGGCGCUUUGGCUGAGACCGAAGCUUCUGCUGCUGGACGAGCCCACGAAUCAUUUGGAUUUCCAAGCGAGCGAGUGGCUGACGCAGCAGCUCCUGGCAUAUCCCCACUCCGUGGUGGUAGUGUCGCACGACGCGACCUUCCUGCACGAGCUUUGCAAGGAGAUCCUGUGGAUGACCGAGCAGAGGCUGGAAACGCUGCCCAACGUGUCGCCGGAGGAGCUGCUGCGGAUGCAGCGCCGGAAGCCCCUGAGAUUUGACUUCCCGGCCAGCGAGGACCCGCUGCUGCACGGCAUCUCCAUGCAUGGUGUGGAGUUCUCCUAUGGCUCCGCAGCCUUCCGGGCCUCGGGGGUGCGCCUGAGCGGCCGGAGCCGAGCGGUGGUGCUGGGCCGCAACGGGGGCGGCAAGACGACCUUCCUGGAGCUCCUGUCAGGGAUCCUGCACCCUAGCAAGGGCUCGGUGGACUCUACCCCGGGCUUGAAGGUGGGCUAUUACUCCCAACUUACUGAGGAGCUGGACAACCUUAGCAUCAGUGCCGCGGAGUAUCUGCUGCAACAGUGCAGCGAGGAGCUCCGGUCGCACGUGGGCUCCCGCCACAGCGGGCGCCAACGGAAGACGGCCAAGACGGCCAAGGAGCCCAAGCAAGCCAGCGCCGCAGCCAACCGACUGCUGGAAGUGGCACGGGGGGUCCUGAGCAAUUUCGGCUUUGAGGGGGAGUUGGCCAAUGUGCCGGUGGAACGAUUGAGUGGAGGCCAGAAGGCGUGCUUGAAGUUUGCGGUGCUUUCACUUCGACCAGUGCACAUCCUGCUGCUGGACGAGCCGACGAACCACCUGGACGCGGAGGGCUGCAGGGCUCUAGCAGAAGCACUUGGCCGCUUUCAAGGUGGAGUCGUGGCUGUGACGCACGACGAGUUGCUCAUCUAUCGGCUUAUCACAUGCAAUUGGAACACCAGCGAGCUCUUCCUAUGCCACGCUGGGUGCCUCUGGAAGCAGAACUUCAACGCCCACACCUUGAAGACCAUCCAGGAGGAGCUGCGUCGUGUGGAGCAGACAACGCCGACAGCCCCCGAGCCAAAGCCGGAGCUGAAGCCGCAGCUGAAGCCGAAGUCGGGCGACGUGAAGGUGCCGCCCUGGCUGGUGUGGCGGAAGGACAAAGCCCGGCCUCAGAGCUCAGAGCCAGCCGCAGAGCCAGUGGCCACAGAGCCAGUGGCCGCAGAGCCAGUGGCCGCAGAGCCAGUGACCGCAGAGCCAGCCGACGGGACACUUCAAGGUCAAGCAGAAUUUGCGGAGUGUGCAGACCAGACCAUCCAAGAGAUGGGCCGAGCCCAGCCGGAGCAGGCCAUUGAGGUCUUGGCAGCUCCCGCUCCAGUGGAAGUUUCAGCUCCCGAGAGCUGGGAAGAUUUGGAAAGCAACGCCAGCACGGAAGCCCCGGAGGACAUUGGACCGCCUACGGCGAGCCGCUUGCGGAAGGACCUGGUGAACUUGAACAAGGCCGCAGCAAAGUGGGCCGACCUGGAGCGGCAGGGGCACCUGUCGCAGGCCGAGCUGCUCGAGCGCAUCAGGAGCUCCAAGGCGGCAGCGCAGCUCAAGCAGCGCCAGGACUUCGAUGAGGGCCGCUUCGUGGACGGAGUGCUCCGCAGGUGCCGCAAGUGA